AUGUUCGAAUGGCUCGGCGAGCCGCAGAAAGAGUGUGUAUACUUGUGAGACACGCAGAGACAAGUAUCGGACGCAAAUUAGCAUCGGAGAGAGAGAGAGAGAGAACGAGAGGGACGCUCUUUCUCUGAGAAGGGAUGGGCAGAUGUUUGGUAGGGCCGUGUGUCUCCUGCUGUCCUCCUUGUUAGGUACUCCUCCGCUUUCACCCUCCAAUCCGUAUCGAUAUCGUCCGUCCGAAGACGGCGAAUAAGAAGAUGUUCUCUUUUUUGGCGCUCCUCCCCCCCCCCCUUGUCCACCUUCUCCUUCGCCUCCGCACCGUCGUCGUGGUCGUGAUCGCCGACGGCAUUAUUUCCGAAUUCAAGGCCGCUGCUGAUGCUACCACUGCUGAUGCUGAUGACGCUAGUGAUGCGACAGUGCGAGAGAGAGAGAGAGACUCACUCUCACAGUUUUCUUUUUUCCUCCACCACCAUUUUCACGGGUUUCUCGCGCAGCGCACGCACGCGCAUGUCCCCCGCUAAUUGGAGGAGUGGACGCUGAUUUUUUGUUGCGGGGGGUUUUUGUUUUUGGGCGUGGUACAUAAAGUUGUUGGUUGCUUCGCGUGGCGAGACCAAUCGAGUCGACGCCAACCACAUUAAAGACAGUGCUGCGCCUUUAAGUUUUGCGAGAUACUGUAGAUGGUGUCAAAAACUCUCUUUUCUGCUAUUCUCGUGCUAAUGUGUCACGAAAAAUCGUCGGAAAGCGUGAAAAAUAGGUCUUUUUUGUGAAUAUUAAAAAAAAAAAAACUAGGAAAAUUCAAAUUUUGUGAUUGUAGAAUUUACGUUGAGAACUUUCGGGAACGGGAGCACGGAAUCGUGGCGGGGUACACUGGCGCAAGUGCGCUCUACUGAAAUUUUCAAAAAUUUUGCUUUGGCCUAAUGCUUUAAGAUAGGGGCGCUACGCAAUCGACCGUCGGCGGAAGUUCAAAUUUUAGUUUUCGAUGUACCCAUGACGACCCCGUGGGGAGCAAUUCAUGUACAGACGAUUUGAAACGGAAAUUUCUAGAAGUACCGUAGCCCAGGGAAGCUUCUCUCUCCACUAUCCGUUCUUCCAUCUUGAAUGUCUCUGACAUCACCUACUCCACCCAUUCAUCCGAAUGCACACACAUACACACACACAAAGUUUUGUGCUCGCUCCCUCCCCAACUCCAUUCAUCCCGCCGUCCCUCUCCUUCUUCUCCGUUUUACUUCUUCUUCUUCUUCUUCUUCUGCUUCUUCUUCUCAAUUCGGGACAUGGACCUCUCAUAAAAAGCGAUGUCGUGAGUGUCGCGGGUUUUUUUCUCUCGAAAUGCUCACGGAGCAGACACGAGUAUGGCGCAUGGAGCGCUUUGCUUCUUCUUCUUCUCCUUCUGCGCCAAUAGACCGCCCCGAAAAAUAAUAAUUCGCUGCCUGCUCGGCGUGCUGCUGUGCCCGUCGUAGAUUCGAGAGGAGUGAAGGAGGAGGAGGAGGAGUUUUUAGUUUUUGACGAAGUGUGCAAAGAGUUCGGAGACGCAGAGAACCGACGACGCGGCGUCCCGAUGUUUUCGGCCGACUCUUUUUCCAGAAAAGCCAAAACUCUUCCAUUCCAUUCCCCUAUUCCAUUUUCAUAUGUCGCGUACUUGCUAUCUGUUUGCGAGCGCGGCGCGGCCCCGUCGCCCUUGGCGCAGCGAUGCUCUCCGUCUCUCCGUCUUCCGUACUCUCUUUGCAAAGAAAACACACCCACACCCACAACCACUUGGCGUCGUGCCAAUUUGAAGGUCAUCCGUGUCCGAGGCAAGAAAGUAGGUGGAGACUAACUGACUGGAGAGCGAAAAGAGAGAAGAAAUAAGGUUUAUGACUUUGAAUGCGAAUCUCUCACUCUGCUAAUUGGAGCGCUAGGUGUUUCGUUUUCGUGUCGAGACCCACGAUUCGAUUUCGAAAAAUUUCUUUCCGUCUCCUCACCUGCCUAUCACUUUCUGCGCCGGUCGCUGCCAGGCACACGCACCUGGCCACUAUUCGCCCUCUCUUUCUCUCCGUUGCACCUCACCUAUCAUCAUCGUUUUUUUUUUCGAAAAAGAAAGAUCAUUUCGUCUUCCCGCUCUCUCACUUUUUCCGUUCUCCGGAAAAUUUCUCUUCUUUUUCUUCUUCUUAUUCGUCGCAUCGCAAUAUUUUCCAGACCGUUUCAAUGCAAUUGUGAGGAGCAGAGGCGAAACAGCGAAAGUGACACAAAAAGGACGAUAAAAGGUGAGCGCAGUUGUUCUUAUCACACCACCGACGAGAAGAACCAAAUGAAUUAAAAUGGUUGCUGGUCGAAUGACAUCGAAACACGGUGUUUGAUGUCGAAACACGAAAACUGAAAUUCUGAAAUUGCAGAGAGAAUGCCGUCGAGCUCGUCUUCAUCGCCGGUCUCGUCCGACAGCGACAAACACACGUCGACGGACGAAGACGUCACUCCGAAAGCGUCUCCGUCGCCGUCGUCGGCUUGCGAUGCGCUUGGCGACCAGGACGAGAACGACAAUACGUUGACGAUGCCGUCGACGAGUCAGGGAUACCAGGUACGCACAAUUUUCUGGAAAUUUUCCUCUAAAAACGGUUAGAAAUCGAAAUUCUCACGCGCGACUAUGCAAAUGCGCUCUAUUGCACACACUUUUCGGGCGCGAUAUUCAACUUUCAACGUUUCGCCGCCUAGAAAUGGUUUCAAUCAGAUCAAUUCGCGAAAAAAGGUAGGCCACUAUCACACAAUUGACACAAUUGAUAAAAAAUUUGGCGCGACAGGGACAGAUUGUCGAGUUCGAAGUUCUUGGUCUCAUCAUUGAUUUGCAGGCCGAUUCGUCGCCCGCACACGCACGUUCAGUCCCUUCGAGCCAGGAGGCCACGUCACCGCCGGCUGCACGAAGGGCUGCAACUCCUCUGGGAGCGGUCCGACCGCACGAGGAAGUCUACUAUUUCACGUGAGUUCUCCCCAAUUCGUGUCUGAUUAUCGAUCGAUCGAUCUGUUUUAGAACUGAUAUGGCAAAUCAAGCGGCGAUUGAUAUUGAACGAGAGAAAGAAAAGUUUGAUUCGCUGUGCGCCUGGUACCGCGCCAACAAGGAAGACCUACCGCACCUCGGCACCAGCUCUACUGGAAAUUCGAGUGCUCAGUCGUACGUCUCCGAGAAGGGAUCCACGACGCCGAUGUCUUCGCAGCCGUCCUCGCAUCAGAGCGGCACCAGCGCCGGAGCCCACAACAAUGGAUUCGCGUGCAGUCCGGUAAACACUCCCUAACCGAGUCUCUAGUAUUCUCCUCAGUUUCAGUUCGGAAUAGACAAUCCUCGCUCAAACGAUCCGUUGGAAUGCGCGAGUUCGCCGGUGAAUUUGGACGACAUCAACCCGACGCUGAGCGACUUUAUGGUGCCGUCAUCUUCGAUGGACGUGAUGGAUCCGAUGAAUCAGAAUCAGAAUCCGAUGCACCAUCCGAUGAUGUACCACCAUUCGAUGCCGGGCAACCCGCUGAACCCGCUCAGUUUCAACCAACAAACAUCCGGGCCUUCCACAUCGAAUCCGCCGUCCAAUCAAGGCCUAAAAAGGAAGGCGCCGUUGGAUUCAGAAGAUCAGGACAGAGAAGGAACGUCUUCUUCGUCAAAACAGGCGAAGCUCGGCGGAAGUACUCCAACUGCAGAAACUGAAGAUCACUGUCCGAUGAGAAAGCUUGAGCUGAUGGCCAACUCGCAGUUUCUCGCCGGAAAUAACAUUAAUGAGGUCGUGGAGACUUCCAAAAAGUGAGUUUUCCCCUGAAUUUCGAAGCCCCUGAACCGAUUUAUCGUUUCAGAGACGAACGAUCUUUGAAAAUGGAAAAGCUGGAAGGAAUCUCGAAAUCGCUGGAAGAAGAGCAAGCGCAGGCGAAACGGAUGGCGGCGGCCGCGGCAGCAAACGGACAGUCGCCCUUCGCCUCGCCGGGACAGUUCCCCGGAAUGCCGGGACCGCAGGCAUACCCACAGGGAAUGCCGCCACACCCCGGAAUGCCGGGAAUGAUGCCCGUAAUGCCGCCGGGUCCGUCGUUUUCGGCCGGAGCCAGCUACCCGCCGGGCAUGGGUCCGCCCGGAUACCCGCAGUUUCCACCAAUGUUUCCGGGAGCGAUGCCGCCGAACAACAUUACGCCCGGCGGCUACCCGAUGUCCGCGCCCAGCAAAAUGCAGCAGGCGCAGUACAACUCGCCCGUCUACCCGCCGAACACCCCGUCUCCGGCCAACAUGGCGGCGAUGCAGCAGUACCAUCAGCAGCAUGCCGCCCGAGCAGCGGCUGCGGCGGCCGGACAGAUGCAUCCGAUGCACCCGAUGCAGGGAAUGCCCGGAAUGCCGCCGCAUCCGAGCAUGAUGACUCCGCAGCAGCACUUCCACUUUGCGCAAAUGCAACACAUCCAAAUGGCGCAGAUGGCGGCCGCGCAGAAGGCAGGCAUGUCGCCGAACAUGAUGAUGAAGCAGGCGGCGCCGCCACCGCAGAUGCAGCCGCCGUUCCCGCCCGGACACCCCGCCUGGCAGAAUCCCGCAUUCAUACAGCACGUGAUGGCGAUGGAAAUGCAACGGAAGCAGCAUAUUCAGCAGCAAGCGGCGGCAGCGGCGGCGGCAGGAGGAUCUCAGGGAAUGCCUUACGGAUUCCCUCCGAUGCCAGGAAUGCCGGGAAUGCCGGGAAUGCCUCCGCAUCCGGGAAUGAUGAACCCGCAGAUGACUCCGCAAAUGCAACCACCGCCACAACGUAAGCGAAAAAGCGCAGAUUCAGAUGGAAAUUUGCCAAUUUUCAGAUGCACCUGUGCUCCAACUGGCCGGAAACCGCGACCCGAACGCCGGCGGCAACGGAAUGGGCAACCACAUGUGGCAACUGACGCCCCACUACCCGCCGCCGUUCCCCAGUGCGAUGACGAUGCCGCCCGUAACUUCGCCGGCCGGAUCCGGCGCCGCCACGCCCGGCAACAAGUAG